AUGGCCUCCUCCAGCGUUUGGGGGGUUUUUGCAGAGCAGUUUGGCGCCAACCCCAUGGAACAACCCACCCAUUAUAGCGCGACAGGAGAACUGCAACGGGUGUUAGACCUAACGGAGUCAAAUAAGAAGUGGCAACAUCCCUGGCUUCUCGCGCACCGUAUUGACCCCCACAACAAUUUAAAAGGGAUCGCGACGACUGCCAUGAAAACCCACAAAGCAAUCCCCCUUCGAACGGACGAUGGCAGCAAGUUCCAAGGUGACGUGGUACUCGGUGCUGACGGGGUGCACUCAGUCACCCGACAUGCGGUGCCUGGGGGCCAGGUCAGGGCAGAGUGCCGGGGCAAGAGCGCCUUUCGAUUCAUGGUCUCUAAGGAGGUGGCCAUGAAUGAUCCGGUCACGGCCAAGCUCGUCCAGCACCCGGGCGAGCUUAGCAUCUGGUAUUGCAGCGAUGCGCGCAUUAUAAUGUACCCUACUUCCCACAAUACCGUCUUGAACUUCGUGGCGAUCCAUCCGGAAAACAAGUCCGCGGCAGAUACCGAUGACUCUUGGGGCCAACAGGGCAAGCUGGAGAAGAUGUUACAGAUCUUCGACGGGUUCGACCCGACCAUUCUUCGAUUCCUGGGCAAGGUCGACCCCCAGAGCGUGAAGGUGUGGAAGCUCCUGGACAUGGACCUCGUCUCUCAAUGCAUCAUCACCAUCUGGCUCUGCUUGGGGACGCGGCCCAUCCUUUCCUACCGCAUCACGGAUGGCAUCUCACUGGCGGUAGUCCUAUCUCCAGGGAUAUCAACCGCCGAGGUGCCCAAGCGACUCAAACUCUACCAUGACAUCCGGCACGAGCGGGUCACUCACAUCCAAGAAUACUCGCGUAUCAUCGGCGAGGAUCGUACAGAUGACAACCAGCUGGACAUAUACAGCUUCACUAACUUCAACUUUGGGCAUGACGAGUGGGAUAAUUCGACCCAAUGUCUGCGUGAGUGGACAUGGAAUCAGAUUUCUAACCCUUACUGGCGCAUGCCCAUCGCCUUCAGCCAAAUGCCCGGACCGCGACAGACCCAUCUGGGUGUACCACGCGACGGCACCAAGUCCACGUUUACGACAGUCAAUCAAGUUCAAGACUUCGCGAACCGUCCUGCAGAAUCUGUUCCCGCCUGGUUGCAAAGGCUGGCGGUUCACACCUCCAGAUACCAUUGCUUACGCAUCCUUCUCGCAAACAAGGCUGAACAAGAUGGAGUGGCUAUGUGGCUGCCCGUCCUUUUCGAGUCCUUAACGAACCCCAUUGUUUCAGGCCGGGAGGAACUUAGCAUGCCCAACCUUUACACCUCAGUCGAUGUGUACUGUCGCUCCAGGUCCUAUCGCAUCCGCACCGGGUGGGAGGGGGCCCUCUGGGGGAACUUACUUGAGGACCUGGUUGAAGUGGGCUCAUCUACCACCACGGGCGCAUUAAGUGGAGAGGCCGAUGCAGGAAUUCUGGCCUACAAAUACCUGCCCAAGAGUGGCCGGGCGAAUAAGAACAUUCCUGCCGAAGAAUAUGCCAUCUUCGACCCCUUCUCCAAAGCAGUGCCGACGCCAAAACCCCAGAGGGUGUAUACGACUGAUAAGGCAAGCAUACAAAUUGAUGUUUUGGAUUGGCAGCAAUUACCGACGCUCUAUCAUGUCAUUUCACGGCUUGCAGAUGUCCCCGCGUUCGAGAUCGUGGGGGCGAAGGUGGUGGAAGGGGAAGGGGACGGGGUGCCGGAUGUUUUGGGGGCUGGACCAAUUGAGUAG